AUGGAGCGGUCCCAGUCCCAGCGGCAUGGAGGUGAACAGAGCUGGUGGGGCAGUGCCCCCCAGUACCAGUACAUGCCCUUUGAACAUUGUACCAGCUAUGGACUGCCCUCAGAGAAUGGGGGCCUUCAGCACCGGCCCCGAAAGGACAUGGGUCCCAGGCACAAUGCCCACCCAACACAGAUAUAUGGCCAUCACAAAGAACAAUAUUCAUAUAAGUCACAGGACAGGGGAAUGCCGAAGAAGAUAGGCUCCAGUUCUACCAUGGACAACUUGGAUGAGGACCACUAUUCUAAAUGUCAAGACUGUGUCCAUCGCCUGGGACGUGUGCUGAGAAGGAAGCUGGGGGAAGAUUGGAUCUUUCUUGUGCUUCUGGGCCUACUAAUGGCUCUGGUCAGCUGGUGCAUGGACUAUGUUAGCGCCAAGAGCCUUCAGGCCUACAAGUGGACCUAUGCCCAGAUGCAGCCCAGCCUUCCUCUGCAGUACCUGGCCUGGGUCACCUUCCCGCUUAUCCUUAUCCUCUUCAGCGCCCUCUUUUGCCAACUCAUCUCCCCCCAGGCUGUGGGCUCUGGGAUCCCUGAGAUGAAGACAAUUCUUCGUGGUGUUGUCUUGAAGGAAUACCUCACACUCAAGGCCUUUGUCGCCAAGGUGGUAGCCUUAACAGCCGGACUGGGCAGUGGCAUCCCUGUGGGGAAAGAGGGUCCCUUUGUUCACAUUGCCAGCAUCUGUGCUGCUGUCCUCAGCAAGUUUAUGUCCAUGUUCUCUGGUGUCUAUGAGCAGCCAUACUAUUACACUGACAUCCUGACAGUGGGCUGUGCCGUGGGGGUCGGCUGCUGUUUUGGAACACCACUUGGAGGAGUGCUGUUUAGCAUCGAGGUCACCUCUACCUACUUUGCUGUUCGGAAUUACUGGCGAGGAUUCUUUGCAGCCACAUUCAGUGCCUUUGUGUUCCGUGUCCUGGCGGUGUGGAACAAGGAUGCUGUCACCAUUACUGCUCUGUUCAGAACUAAUUUCCGAAUGGAUUUCCCCUUUGACCUGAAGGAACUCCCAGCUUUUGCUGUCAUUGGGAUUUGCUGCGGGUUCUUGGGAGCUGUUUUCGUUUAUCUGCAUCGCCAAGUCAUGCUCGGUGUCCGAAAGCACAAGGCUCUCAGCCAGUUUCUUGCUAAGCACCGCCUGCUGUAUCCUGGAGUCAUUACCUUCAUCAUCGCCUCGCUCACCUUUCCACCAGGAAUGGGUCAAUUCAUGGCUGGAGAGCUGAUGCCCCGUGAAGCUAUCAGCACUCUCUUUGACAACAACACCUGGGUAAAGCAUAUAGGUGACCCCCAGAGCUUGGGCCAGUCAGCUGUGUGGAUUCACCCCCAGGUCAACGUGGUCAUCAUCAUCCUUCUCUUCUUCGUCAUGAAGUUUUGGAUGUCCAUUGUGGCCACCACUAUGCCCAUACCCUGUGGAGGCUUCAUGCCUGUUUUUGUGCUAGGAGCUGCAUUUGGAAGACUGGUAGGAGAGAUCAUGGCCAUGCUGUUCCCUGAGGGUAUCUUAUUUGAUGAUAUCAUCUAUAAGAUCUUACCUGGGGGCUAUGCAGUAAUUGGAGCAGCGGCUUUGACAGGGGCUGUCUCUCACACAGUCUCCACAGCUGUCAUUUGCUUCGAAUUAACCGGUCAGAUUGCUCACAUCCUGCCCAUGAUGGUGGCUGUUAUCUUGGCCAACAUGGUGGCUCAGAGUCUGCAGCCCUCCCUCUAUGACAGCAUCAUCCAGGUCAAGAAGCUUCCCUAUUUGCCAGACCUUGGUUGGAACCAGCUCAGCAAAUUUACAAUUUUUGUUGAGGACAUCAUGGUACGUGAUGUGAAGUUUGUUUCAGCUUCUUGUACAUAUGGGGAACUGAGAAACCUACUCCAGACCACCACAGUCAAGACUUUACCAUUGGUUGACUCCAAAGAUUCUAUGAUCCUGCUGGGCUCUGUGGAACGCUCAGAACUGCAGUCCCUCCUACAGCGCCACCUGUCUGCAGAGCGAAGGUUGAAGGCUGCCCAGGACAUGGCUCGAAAGUUAUCAGAGCAGCCCUAUAAUGGCAAGGCUCAGCUGGCUAGGGAGUGGCAUCCUGGAGGACGACCUGAGUCCUUUGCCUUCGUAGAUGAGGAUGAAGAUGAGGACCUCUCUAGGAAUAUGGAGCUUCCACUGACCCCAACUCCUCCUCCUCCACCACCACCCCAGUUUCCUAUUGCUCCAUCAUACUCUGAAGAGCCUAAUGGGCCACUGCCCAGCCACAAACAGCCACCUGAAGCCUCAGACUCUACAGAUCAAAGCCCAUCCAUCGUCCAGCGCCUGCUGCACUGCUUACUGGGCAAAGCUCACUCCACAAAGAAGAAAAUAACCCAGGAUUCUGCAGACUUAGUGGAUAACAUGUCACCUGAAGAGAUUGAGGCCUGGGAGCGGGAGCAGCUGAGCCAGCCUGUGUGCUUCGAUUGCUGCUGCAUUGACCAGUCUCCCUUCCAGCUGGUGGAGCAGACGACCCUGCACAAGACUCAUACACUCUUCUCACUUCUUGGCCUCCAUCUUGCCUAUGUGACCAGCAUGGGGAAGCUCAGAGGUGUCUUGGCACUAGAAGAGCUACAGAAAGCUAUUGAGGGCCACACCAAAUCUGGGGUGCAGCUUCGCCCUCCACUUGCCAGCUUCCGGAAUACAACUUCAAUUCGGAAGACUCCUGGGGGGCCAACCCCACCUGCAGAGGGCUGGAGUGUGCCUGAGGGUGGAGAUGGGGCUCCUGGAAGAGAUGUUAUGGUUCCUACCAUGCCAGAGACUCCUGUCCCACCACCAUCCCCAGAGGUUCCUUCCUGCCUGGCCCCAGCCAGAGCAGAGGGUGAGCUGGAAGAACUGGAGAUGGUGGGGAGCCUGGAGCCUGACGAGGACCUGGCUGAUAUCCUACAGGGCCCCAGUCUGCGGUCCACUGAUGAGGAAGAUGAGGGCGAGCUGACCCUGUGAAUAAUCUGUCCACGCUGUCUUCAUAACAACCAUAGGGCCCAUGGCAGAGUGGACUUGUAUGUGAUAUGGGGAGGCCUCCACUUCAUCUUGU